UCGCACAGACUAGCCUCGGCGCGCAAGAGGGCCUGGGUACGAGGCUACACGACGCGUUCGCUUGGUGUUGGGCGGGACUAAAGAAGAGAGACAUGCAAAAACCGGAUCCGGAUGAGCUGGAAUCUAUAGAAAGCGUGGAGGAUCGCCAUGCAGAUGAGCUGCUGGCUAUGAAAAGAAGACCUGUAGUCAACACUGUUGUCCAACCGAAGCUUCUGGAAGGAGAAGUUGUGUUGGCGCAUGUGGAACGUACUCUGAAGUUCGAGCGGCUCAAUGAGCGGGGAACAGGCUGCAUCGGCACUUUGUUUGUCACAAACUAUAAAUUGAGCUUCUGCCCAGCUGAACUUCCAUCAUCCGAAAUUUCGACAAAUGAUCGUUGUGUAACUCAAGACGAUAUUCCAGAUGUUCCUCUUACAAGUGUCGGCGCCUUGUGGAUUGUUGGUAGUGGAAGUGCUCGUAGGAAGAUGUCUCACGGACUGAGACAGUUUGGUGAAGUGCUGCAGUUGGAAGUGUACUGCAAGGACUUCUAUCAGGCAAACUUUAGCUUCACGCUGUCAGACAAGAAAGAAACUGCUCAGGUUCACAUAUUGCAGGCACAGACAACAGCUUAAUUAACAAUAACAAUAAAUAAUGUGAAAGCCGUGGUAUAUUUGAAUGUUCGACUUUGUCACAAGAGCCAACAACAGUAUAUUUGUUCUGUACAGAUUUGGAACUGUUAUCCAGUUCUAGAACUGGAUGACUAGAACUGAACGACAAGUUCUAGCACUGAUGACUGACCGGUUCUAGAACUGGAUGGCAAGUUUCGGAACUGUUCCGUUUAUACACAGACCUUUGGCACAUUAUUUUCUGGCU